AUGCUUCGAGAUCAGAAAUUUUUUUGUAAGUGCAAAUGUUUGCAGCCCGGUUGUCGCAAGAUCAUUCGCCAAGGUAAGUGGAGUUUGCAUUGCAGAAAAGAUCAUGGAUAUAUGCAUGCAAGAGGUGAUGACAUAAAAAAAGACAUUGUUUCAGUAAAAGACAUCUAUGGUAAAUGGAAACCACAAAGCUCAAGCCAAACUAAUUCAUCAUCUACAAGUUUAAUGCCAGCAGGCAGUAAUAAUGAUAUGAGAAAAUCAGAUGAUAAUAUUGGUGAUGUUGUUGCUAAAGAAUAUUUGCCAACAGAGGCAGCUGAAUCCAACAGCAACGUUUGUGAUUUGAUUCAAUCAAACAAUUCCAACUUGAAUGCUCAUGGUUUAGUUGAAAAAAAUAUUGAAAAUAAAUUUAAUUAUUGUGAAAAUCUAAACUUAGCUUUAGACAAAAAUGAUGCAGCUCAGUUUUGUAGACGAAUAUUGAAAAGGCAUGAAAUAACAACAUGCCUGGCACUUGGUGUAUAUCAACCAAAUGACUAUUCCUAUCCUGUUACUGAUGGUCGCAGUUUCCAAAAAGAAUGGUUUGAAUGUGUAAUGCCAGAUGGCUCAAAAUUAAGUGCAGAGCAUCGCGAAGCUGAUAUUGCAAAAAUAAAUUGGAAAAGAGGAUUGGCCGUAGAUGUCUUCAUCGAGAGAAAUAGAAAAGAUAUAAUUCAAGAAUAUAGAAAAGUUAUGGUAUGCAUUUUAGAUUGUGUUAAGUACCUAAGUGAAGAAAAGAUAGCUUUUCGUGGAAAAACAUCUAAUAAUGGAAAGUUUAUAAAUGUUUUUCGAACAAUAUCUAAACGGGAUCCAAGUGCUGCUGCAUAUCUGAUGAAAGUUGAUGAAUCACAUAGAUUAAGAAAGAAAAUGGCUGUUAAUUUUCUAAGUUCCAGCAAUAUUCGAGUUGUUUUGACAACAAUGAAACGAAUGAUUGUUGAGAAAAUUGUGUCAAAUAUUGCAGAACAACAAAAGGCAUGUAUUAUUUUUAAUAGCACACAAGAUUUUAGUAAAAAGGAAGCAAAUGUUCUUUUGCUGAGAUAUCUAGAAUAA